CCAAAGUCCAGCGUGUUUCCUUGCAUGCCCCUGUGGCUCGUGUUUUCAAAGCAGGAGAAACAGGUGACUGUUGCUGAGGAGUUUUGGCUGGACUUGUGUUUUGGUGUGUAUGUGUGUGUGUAUGUGUAUUCUUCUGGUCUCCAAAACCUUUGUAAGACGGACGCCCUGUUCGGAGAGGCACUGAAAGAAUUCUCCAAAUGUUUUUAGUUUAUAUGUGGAUGUUGAAUCUAACGAAGACCAGCGUCUGGGAUUCAAUCCAUGGCACCUUUUUAGCAAGACUAAAGUCUUUAGCUCCAUCCUCCCUCAAGCAGCUCUAUGAGCGACCACUACAAAACAGCAGAUAAUUGGACGCUGAUGCUUACUCAUAGCGAGAGAGAGUGAAAGACAGAGAGAGAGAGAAGCAGACGCCACGAGAGACAAAGUUAGCAACAGAGGGAUUUCCUAAAAAUGCUUUUGAUUUGAUGUCCAGUCAACUGCACUGCUAAAGAGUUUAAAAUCGUCCUGGACUGGAAGUAAAGAUGAAGAGUAUGACCGUCAGACUGUCCCAGCUGAUCGCCAUGACAGUUCUUCUCUGUGUGGGAAGUUCUGGUCUGGAACUCAAUCCCAGCAUUCCAGAAGUCAUCCUCGACACAAACUCCUCCCUCAGCAUCACCUGCUCCGGCUGGAGUAACGUCACCUGGCGCUUCAAACGGGAUGAGAACAUCCCACUUUUCCACACCCAGAUGCACAGUCCCACCUCCAGUGUUCUGAGCUUAGAGAACGUGACGUGGAAACACACGGGUGUGUAUGUGUGCUUGGAGAACGCCACAAACGUGACCAGAGAGGUGGCUGUGUUUGUGCCUGAUCCUGAGGUGUGGUUUCUUGAAAAUGAACACAUGAUGGUGACUAAGACACGAGAGGAAGGCACAAUCCCGUGUCUGGUGACGGACCCACAGAUAAAUGUCACCCUGUACGAGAAAGACAGUGAGAUGCCGGUGGAGGGCUCGUACAACCCCAGCGUGGGCUACACCGCCGCCCUGGAGGACAGAACAUAUAAAUGCAAAGGAGAACUGAACGGGGUGGAGAAAGAGUCGAUAACCUUCUACGUCUUCAGCAUCCUCUCUCCCGAGGCGCUGGACCCCUACAUCAACGCCUCCAAAACCAUCCUGAAACAGGGCGAGUCGUUGGACGUUAACUGCACCGUUCACGGCGUGGAGCUCGUCUUCUUCACUUGGGACUUUCCCAACAAAGACAUGGAGAACAUUGAGCCUUUGACAGACAUGCUGUCUUCCAUGAGCAUGCGGUCCUGCCUCAACAUCACGGCCGUCACGCUGGCCAGCUCUGGAGAGUAUGUUUGUCAUGUCCACGAGGGUGUACUAGACCAGAGAUCUUCAGCAAGUAUCAACAUCACCGUACUCGAGAGAGGUUUUGUGGUCCUACAUCCACAUCUGGACCAGAACAUCUCCGCACAGCUCGGAGAAACUGUGAAGCUGAAGGUGGAGACCGAGGCGUAUCCCAAACCCUCCGUACGCUGGACUAAAGACGGAACCGUUAUCGGCGGACACAACAUGAGGCAGACACACGAGACCCGGUUUGUCAGCACGUUGACUCUAGUCAGGAUUCGUCUGGAGCAGAUGGGACUUUACACCGUCAGCGUCCAAAAUGAAGAUGACAUUAAAGAGAUGACCUUUGACCUAGAGGUGAAAGUUCCUCCUCAGAUAACUGAACUCUCGGAUCAUCACCUGCCCGGGAAGAAACACGCGGUCACCUGUGCGGCGGAGGGCGUGCCAUCUCCCAGCAUUCACUGGUUUAGCUGUGAUGGCAUGCCUAAAUGCAGUAACAGAAGUGCAGUGUGGAGCCCUCUAGUGGAGGAUCUAGAGAGUGUCAGUAUUCACACUAAUGUCACAUAUAACAACACACGCAAGAUUCACCAGGUGCACAGUCAGGUGAUUCUCCUGCGACCGCAGUUGCUCACCAUCCGCUGUGAGGCGAAGAAUGAGAGAGGAGCCCGAGCCAGAGACAUCAGACUUGUCAACAACACGCUGUUCUCUCAGGUGGCGGUCCUGGCCGCUGUGUUAGCGCUGGUGGUGAUCGCCAUCAUCUUCAUCAUCAUCCUUAUCGCUGUGUGGAGGAAGAAGCCGCGGUAUGAGAUCAGAUGGAAGGUGAUUGAAUCGGUCAGUUUGGACGGACACGAGUACAUCUAUGUUGACCCCAUUCACCUGCCCUAUGACCUCACCUGGGAGAUGUCACGAGACAGUCUGGUGCUGGGUCGCACACUGGGAUCUGGAGCGUUUGGCCGUGUUGUCGAGGCGACGGCGUAUGGUCUCGGCCGUGCUCAAUCAUCUACUAAAGUGGCGGUAAAAAUGCUCAAAUCGACGGCGAGGAGGAGCGAGACACAGGCUCUGAUGUCUGAACUGAAGAUCAUGAGUCAUCUCGGGCCUCAUCUGAACAUUGUGAACCUGCUGGGCGCCUGCACCAAACAAGGUCCAAUAUAUCUGGUGACCGAAUACUGCCGCUAUGGUGAUCUGGUGGAUUACCUGCACAGGAACAAACACAGCUUCCUGCAGCACUACGCAGACAAGAACCACAUCGGCAACGGAGACAGCGGUCAGAUCUGUUAUGAUACCGAUGAGUCAACUGGGAAAGAAUACGUGUCGUUCGGCAGUGAGUUUGACGGAGGUUAUAUGGACAUGACUAAAGACGAUCAGAUGGAAUAUGUGCCAAUGCAAGAGCUGACAGACUCUAUCAAGUAUGCUGAUAUCCAACCGUCCCCCUACGAGUCACCUUACCAGCAGGAUAUCUACCAGGAGCAAGGUCACAGUGUGGAUCAUUCUCUGGUCAUCAGUGAUUCUCCAGUUCUCAGUUAUAUUGAUCUGGUGGGUUUCAGUUAUCAGGUGGCAAAAGGCAUGGAGUUCCUCUCAUCCAAGAAUUGUGUUCAUCGUGAUCUGGCCGCAAGAAACGUGUUGAUCUGUGAAGGCAAACUGGCCAAGAUCUGUGACUUCGGUCUCGCUCGAGACAUCAUGCACGACAACAACUACAUCUCUAAAGGAAGCACGUUUCUUCCUCUGAAGUGGAUGGCACCUGAGAGUAUCUUUCAUAAUCUGUACACCACACUAAGUGACGUCUGGUCUUACGGGAUUUUACUGUGGGAGAUUUUCACUCUGGGAGGAACUCCUUAUCCAGAUCUGCCCAUGAACGAGUUAUUUUACAGUGCUCUGAAGAGAGGUUACCGCAUGGCCAAACCGUCAUACGCCUCUGAGGAAAUUUAUGAGGUCAUGAGGAAAUGUUGGGAUGAGAAGUUUGAGAAGCGGCCCGAGUUCUCCUUUCUGGUGCACACGAUGGGGAACAUGCUCUCAGAUGGAUAUAAAAAGAGAUACUCUCAUGUGAACGACAGUUUUCUGAAGAGCGAUCACCCAGCAGUGGCUCGUGUGAAGCCACAGGUCCCCUCUCCAUUUCCGGGCACCUUCUCUCCUGAGUCUCCCUCCUCACCGUUUCCUCCAGACUCGAACCUGAGCCCAACCGCAGAUGCUCCACACAACGAGUACAUCAUUCCCAUCCCUGACCCAAAGCCAGAGGAAGAGGUUGCGGACGGCCUGGUGCUCACGGAAAUCCCCUCGAGCUCCUUGAGCUCUGAUGAGGAGACAGUCUCCAUGGAAACCCCGAGUACUGAACCUGAGCGAGAGGAGCUGCUGCCGGAACAUUCUGGAACUUCAGAUGUAGAGGAGAGCUUCCUGUGACAUCCACCUUCCUGUCACUGAGAAGUGAAAAUUCAUAUUUUGAGCUGAUUAUUAGACACUUUUGUACAUCAGUGGAAAACAUCUGUGCAAAAAUACAUCAGAUAUCCAAGACUUUCUCAAAAUUGUAUAUACUUUUAAAGCAGUUAUUCUCGACUGAUGAGUCGCCUCCCAGAAAUGUAUCGCAGGUCUGUUCUGCAGGAAAAAGCUGAAUGCGGAUAAAAUCAUAUAAUCGUGAAUAGUUGGGAUUGCAAAAUAAAUAGCCUUAUCUUAAAAGUGAAAAUUCAUCUUUCCCUUGGUACAAACUCGUCAAAUUAGACAUAUUUCAACAUGGACAGGUUGUGUGACAUGACCUCAUUCUCAAAAACAAGCUCAUAGAAAAUACAAUCUAGACUACAUUCAAUACACAGUUCAUUUGCAGUGAGAGUAAACAUGAAUGUGUUUUGUCCGCCAAAUUAUUGACUGACAAGAGCAUUAAACCAUAAACAUUCAAGAGACAUUUAGAAACCAAUAAUAAAUCCAAUUAAUACAUUUAAAUGUUUAAUGUUAAGGAUAUUUUUGUUUACCUUUGUACGAUAAGCAAUUACGGUACUGUGUUGAGUCUCCACUUGAUGUCCAGUAUAAAUGUUUUUACCCCUUAUACUCUAUGUACCCAUCGGCGCGUCAAAAGGGGGGUUCUAUAUCGCGAAAAACGUUAACGUUUAAAACGUUGAAGUCUCCAUAUACAUAAGUCAGGCAUAUGAGGUAUCAUUUGAAAGUUUAGAAUCUGAACUUUUCAGAUACAGCCAUCACUUCUGCAUUUAUGUUACUUAAAAUAACAAAAUAAGGCCUCAAAUCAUUUGCGUUGAAAAUUAGCGCCCCCUAGAGGUAAUGGGGGUAGAAAAUGUAUAUGAAAAUAAAAGUCCUUCACAUAGCACCUAAAUGGACAAGUCAUAUAUCAAAUGAAAGCUCUUAUUCUCAGGAGUAUGACUGUAUAGAUUACUGUUGCUCUAAUACCACAGUUUGAAAUAUUUUCAAAAGAAUCACAAAGUGAUUAAAGACAAUGUAAGUCAUCAAAUACAAACAUCUCUUUUUGCUCUGAUAACUGCUAACUGCUGCUGUAAACCCCAAAUAGCCAAAAACUUUUCAUCUGCUUUUACCUUAGGAAGUUCUCUAAACAAUUAGCAGUUUUUUACUUGUCGGUGAGCUUGCUUAUGUAAAUAAUCUAAUGUUAUAUCUUAGAUGUCCAGGACAAAAUAUGUGGUCCAGAAGGAAAAGCAUGCAAAACAAAUCAUCAAAAAAAUAUGUUUUUGACUUUUGAUGAUACAAUUAUGAAGUUAUAAUGUUAUAUACCAUUACAAGGGGGAGGAUCUUAGAUUUCUUAUGACACCUAGACUGAGCUUGUAGUCCACUCAGAGGCCGAGAUAUUCAAUGAAACACAGAGGGUGGUGCUUGAACUGAAAAUUAGACUGAAUGUCUAUGGACGAGCACAUCUGUGAGGGCUACAUUUCAGAUGUGUGCAUUGUGAUGGUAUGUGAUAGAGAAAAUUAUAUUUUUUCUAGUGCUUGCUGCCAUCUAGUGGAAUAAAAUGAGACUUUUCAAAGUGAGAUAGAGUGAACAGAACCAGAAUUACAUGUUUACAACGUUAGGGGGAAAAAAAUAUCAUAAGAUUAUAAACACAUACAAUAUUAUUCAUGAAUAAUUUGAGUCUUUUUGGUUUAUUUGGGGGGUUCUCUGAAAAAUGAGAUCAAUUUUUUGCAAUUAUUCCACAGUAUGUGUGAAUGGUCAGCUUUUAAAUUUGAGUGUGAAUAAUUGCGGACAGCAGCUCAAAAACGCACCAGAGUUUAAGGGGUUAAAGGAUUGUCUGUGAAGGUCUGAGCAAGAACCAGAUAAUGACAGAUUUUAAAUGUUUGUAUUCUUUUUUUAUAAAAUGGUACAAUGCAGUAAUAUGAACUGCUGAAGGCAAAGCUACAAUCAGUUCAUGUACUUUUGUAAUUAUGUGUUCCAGGAUUGACGUUUUAAGAACUAUUAUAUGAUAUGAAUCAGUAGAUUUUAGCACAGAAUCUGUUCAGUUAUGUUGUAGAAGAUUUUACAUUUUGCUUGUUUUGAGUUACAAUUCGUUCUCUGCUAAGCCUAUUUUGCAAAACAUUAUUCAAAUUGUGUAUUCUAUUCAGGCUACAUAUUUCUAUUUUAGAUUUUAGCAAAUUAUAAUUUUUUUUUAAAGAUACUUGUUGCAAAACUGCACUUUAACUUUUAAUGGAUAAUGGAAGCAAACUGACUAAACACAAAUGUAAGUGAUUAUAUGUGAUUUUAAUUUUCUUUUUUAUUACAUUCCAUAAAGGGAACCCAGAUUUAACAGAAGAUAGGUUGUAUUGUCUCGUUCAGGUUGGUUUAUUGCAGCUAAUGUUUUUUUUGUUUGUUUGUUUGUUUUUUCAAUCAAGUUGUGUCCCUAAUAACAAUAUAUGAUUCCAAAUUAUCAGUCAUGGUGUGUUACAAUCUGAAAGUUGGUGUUUUUUUCCAUGCAAAGCACAUGAAGUAUGUUUUUGGAUGUCAGAACCCUCGAUAGAUCUGAGAUUAAACUGUACAGCAUCCCAGGUUUUAAUUUUUUAAUUAAUAACACCUAAAUAAUACAUAAUACAUACAUGCCAUCUGAUUGUACUGUCAAAUUGGAAAUUCUCUUGCACAGUGUUUGAUUCAUGCAAACACUUUAUAAUACAGUUUGAGGUUUUAUCUUGUUUUUCUUGAUUUUAACACUAGUUGUCUGUAUGCACGAGGCCUUAUUAAACUGCACAAUUCAAUAGUAAAGUUACACACUCUAAGGUACCAAAGCUUUAUGUAUGUUUACAAGUAUAUUUUUGUAGAGAUAUUUUGUACUUUUUUCUUUUACACAUAUUAUGUACAAUAGAAAUAAAAACUGUGAUAAAGACUUUAA